AUGAAUAAUGCGACCAACGGGACGGAAGCACCCCAAGCUCAGAUGGACUAUGUUGUGGAACCACUGGGUCUUCGAAUUUUUCGCCUGACGGUGUAUGUCAUUAUAUUCUUGCUGGCAACGUUUGGAAACGCUCUCGUAAUUUUCGUGGUUUAUAGAACACGAGAACUGCAUACAGGUAAGUUAAUUUCAUAUUCACAAAGCACAAUUACGCGUACGUUCCUAAGAGGAUUACCGAUAAAAAGGAUAAACUAAGUACCCCGCUGUUGAUGGUCCUCUGCUCUUGAGAUUUUUCUUCAAAAUCUUUUUUCUUGCGUUGCGUUCAAGUCACGAAAGUAGUAUGACGAAAUAGGGUUCUACAAGUUGGAGUCACUAAUACCAUAAACACGCUGUUCUUUUAAUGGUAUUGUCACUUUUUUGCGUGAAACCUCAACAUUCGAAACAAGUCUAAACGGCGUCGCGCCUAAAUUCAUGAUUCAUUGUCAACAGAGGGUUUAUAGAUGGAUAGCGACGAGCGGCAUUGAAAUGUUUAGAAGUUUCCUUUGCCAUUUUAACUUCUAGGCCUAUUUGUUACGAUUUGUGUAGAAAACAAAAGAGUUAUUCUAACACAAAGCGAAAAUCCCUAAUUUCCUCAUGUUUUCGUGUGAAGCAAAGUUUGCAGUCAAUUUCGGACACGGGUGAAAAGGUGUGCGAGUUUCCUGUCUAAGGGCAAACAAAAGGCAGUUCCACAUCUUGAUUAAGUACACAUAAAUAUUUCACUUCGAGCAUUGCUCCAUUAACUGGCGUGAACUCCCUUUUCUCUGUUGACCCAUGGCAUAAUCAGUGUUUCUGCAAAGCUUGCAUAACUUCCAAAAGAUCACCAACUUCGCUUUAAGCGUGAUUUGUCUUCAGUGGAUCCAUGACGUCUACUCAAGUACAAGCAAACCAUUAGAGACACCGUGAACGCGCUUCAAGUAACAAUGAUGGUGAACAAACAUUACUACAACAGAAAAGAAAAACAGAAAAUUGCAGAAACAAUUAUUAUAACAACGGAAGAAUUUAUUGAAAUAAAGCCAAAGGUUUUGAAGAAAAAAAUGUUAUUACUGCGUAAAUUAUAAAUUGUCCAACGAAAUAUGGUUUUUGUUUCCAUCAGUAAACCAGAUACCAUAUUAGAGAAGCAGUAUGAUUAAGCAUUCGGUCUGCCAGCUUUCCGAUGAACAAAGAACUUUUUAUUAACUUUAUAAUUACAGAACAAGAGGAUAUUACGCCAUUUUAUGUGAAUUCCUAGCAUUUCCCUUUUUUUUUUUGCUUUCGUUUCACCGUGUAACAAGCCGAUUCCGCUAAUUAUUGAAGUCAUUGGUAUUAAUAGGACGAUCGUAUGUCCGUCAGGAAAUCAUUCACAUUGACUUUCGUGACCUUUUAUGUUUUUGUACGAUUUUUCAAAUCACGUCAUUUAAAAAACUAGAAAUGUAGAUUACGGGGGUAAAUAUUAUAAAUACCGACAACCAAGAUAGGAAAGCGUGAAUAAUUUAUACUCAAAUGGUUAGUUGUGGAGGGUUCUUCCCAACUUUCCUUAUUCGUGGUUAAUAUCGGAGUUUUAAUCAUUACUUACAAAACUCGAGGUCAUGUUUUGAUACCGAGUAAUCCUGAAAUAUUGCUGUUGUUUUACAAUAUGGAAACCUGAAGACGAUGGAUCAUGAUAAACUUGGUCGUUUUUAUUCAAAUUUUACUCGAAGUAUUUAUGAGCUUCCUGAGAUUGUGGGUGGCAAGGUAACAGCUUAGCCACGCACAAUUCUUCUUAGCUGAGUGUUUUUCCUCUUUGGGUAAUCCAAAAAGCAUAUGUAUUUACUUGGCCACCCGCACAAGCUUGACAUGUCUCUUGACUGCUUUGUUUAAAAAAAAGAAACUUUUCAAAUCGAUUGUCUUUUAACUUUUCAAACCACUCGAUAGAUCUUACUAGCCAACAAGUGGCUGACACUCAAAAUUCAUCCCCAGGCCUUAACAGUCACUAAACAAAAGAUAAUUACACAACGUGGGUACGAGGAAAGACUGACAAGUAUACUCAUCCAUAGUUACAUACGUUUUACAACAACUUGGCCUACAUCAAAGGACUGUCUUUAGGUGUAAAUUUACGAUAAAAAUAUUGGGUGAGAGAAUUCAUAAACAGGUCUUCACCUUUCGAAUAGUUCACGGGUUGUCAUCUCAAAUGGAAGCUGUGUAUUUAACUAAUUCUCCGUUAUUCCACGGAGAUUUAUUUCUUUUUUCUCUCUCUCUCAAAAAAAAAUGUCAUUAAGUUGUAUCUUGCAUGCUGAGACGAUCGAUUCAAACAUUUUCAUGUUCUCGUCUAACAAAAAUAGAAGAUGAGAAAGAACCACAUCCUGCCUCCUUCUAAAGAGAACAUGCUAACGAAUGAAUUUUGUUUCACAGUAACGGGUUUUCUUAUUGCUAAUCUUGCCGUGGCUGACCUUGGAGUAGGGAUGCUUUGUAUUCCAUUCACUGUCGUAUAUUUUGAACUGGAUUUUCACUGGCCAUUUGGUGCCUUCAUGUGUAAACUCCUUCCUGCUCUGAUGGCUUGCUUCGUUAUGGGAUCGGUGGGAACAAUGUUGGCAAUUUCAUUGGGUAAGGAAUAUAUUCAAAGAAUACUUUUAGCAGUAACAGAAUAUUCUACUAAAAGUAGAUCUCAAUCAGUUAUAUUUCAAUUUAAGCUUCGGUGUAUUGUUGAGCCGAAUAUAAUCUAUUGAUUGUUCAGGGUAGGUUCUUAAUGGAAGAAAUUGUUUCGUUUAUUGCUUGCUGAUGAAUCCUUGAGCUGAGACUGGGAGUUUAGCCCAUGGUUUUGACGAUAUCGGCACUCCUUGGAAGUAGAGACCACAGAAUCAAAGAGCACCCUCCGUCUUCUAUUGUACUCUGCUUUAGAUAAUAGUACGUUCUCCAAUUGCAGAUCGCCAUCAAUCCAUAGUGCAUCCAUUUGGUAUGCGUAUCACACGGUAUCAAGGCAAGCUGAUCAUGUUGUUAAUAUGGCUGAUAGCUCUUCUCCCAGCGCUGCCAAUGCUGGGAGUUAUGACUACUGAACCAUAUCCAGCAGGCGUUGCCUGUAAAGAGGACUGGCCUAUAACCACUGGAAUGCCCUACUCUAAAAUAUACCUAUUAUGCACUUUUGCAUUGACUUACGCUAUUCCUCUUCCAAUUAUGAUACUUAUCUACAUCAAAAUCGGUGUAAAACUUCGUAAAGCUAUCAAAGAGGGGGCUGACAGACCUGGGUUCACUCAGGCUCAAGCUACGAAACGGAUCAUCAAAAUGUUGGCAGCGGUGGUUGUUUGUUACGCGUUGUGUUUCCUUCCUUUCCACACCUUGUAUUUCAUGAUGGACUUCGGGGAAUAUCAAUCCAGGUAGGUUCUGAUCAAUUUAUCGGUUUUACUAUACUAUUUCGCGCAGAUAAGUUUGUUUUCUGAUUCAACAGCCACAAACAGGAGAUAUGAUUAGCGGAAUAUGCAAGCAUCGGUUGUCAUCUGCGGUCAUCAUUCAUAGAACAGUACAGAUAAUAAGAGUUGUGGAAAAAAAAAACAACAAAACAAAGCAAAACAAAACGAAACGAAACAUAAUAAAACAAAAAAAAUCCCGAAAUUUCAAAUAGAAAGAUAAACAAUAAUUCUAAUAGAUGUCUCUGUAAGGUUGACUCGGCAAGUGAACAACGCGGACUCCCGGAGCUAAGGAUUGCCAUCUUUUUCAAGAAGUUAAAUGCCUCGUUAUAAUCUUUUUGCCAUAUAAAAAUUGAUGUAAAUUUAGUAAAGCGAUAAGUCUAAGAUCAAUGAAAGGCAUUCAUAUCAAAGUUCCCCUACUCGAUACACUAUCCAAACAUGACUGAUCGCUUGUGCUAGCUGCCAUCUUAUUUCUGGAUAUACACCCGCGCAUGCCCACUGCUUGCUCAUCAUGAUAACUGUAUACAUCUCACUGUCUAACUUACGUGAAGCCUUUUCCUUACAUUAUUCUCUCAUAGGUUCUUUCCAAUCCUCCAAAGUUUCUCAAGCGUCUUCAUGUACUCAAACAGUGCUUCCAAUCCUGUGCUUUAUGCUUUCUUUGGUGAUCAGUUCAAAAUGGGAGUCAAACAAGUAUUUAAUUCUACUAGACUGCAGAGGUUUCGAUCCAGAAAAUCAACCUCUUAUGGUUGGGGGUCACCUUCCACAAUUAACAUUUAAGCGGUUAGUUGUGAGCUGUAAAUCUAAUGUAAGCAAAUAUCUAAAGCUUUGAUAAAAUAUUGCAUAAAGAUCGAUUGUAGCCUGCUUAAGUUAAAAUGCUGGAUACCGUACAUAAGUAUUCCUCUCUUUGCCUUCCUAUAAAAACACACCCUUAUUUCCUUCUUAAUUUUUAACAAACUUAUAGCCUUCAGUCAUAAUUGAGUGCCAAAUAAAAAAGGAUAACUAUUUUAGUACUUUUGCACCAUGAGAAGAUGAAGCUAAGAGAGUGACUUCCAUGUGUAGGUCCAUAAAGUAUCCAGGGUAUUUGGUUUCAGCUUGUGCGUGUUGUAGAUUUUGAUGAUGGUAUGUCAUGAAAUAGGGACAUUUUAAUUGUCUAUUUAUAGACCAUACUACGAUCUCACUUUACGUGAGUGAUCUAAGAAAAGCUUUUGAAGGACUAUGUUGAGAAAAAGGCCAAUAUGGAAGAUUUUAUCUCUUAGCUUUAUUUUCUACAGGUUAAAUUGCCAGAGGGAAGUACAGGUGGACAUCUCAAUUUUUUUAUUUUUUACCGGCAGAUACAUGUACAUCAUGCAGUCCUAUUUCCAAGUCCUGAUGUACGGCAACAGCGCAACGAACCCAGUUUUGUAUGCUUUCCUUGGAGACCAAUUCAAGAAAGGAUUUAAAAGAGCCAUUCGCGGCGGGAGCCAAAGAGGUUUCUACACACCGCGAAGUACGAUGAGCACUCGAGCUAGUUCAACUCGAUAAAAAAGCUUCCACGUCGUUGAGAUUUCCGAAGACCUGGCUACCGUCACUUUACUAAGUUCUUUGAAGGACCUAAAUAAGAUAGUCCAAGAGCGAAGAUUAAGAGAUGCCAAUCGUAUUUGGUUUUUCUCCAAUCGCACCACAAAAGUUGUCAUAUGGAAAUGAUCCUUUGCAAGCUUUACAACAAGUCACUCGAAAAUUAAACGCUACGAAGCCUUUUGUAUAUAUGAUAAUCUGAGACUCUGGCCUUUCCAGACAUUGUACGAUCAUUAAAAGCUCCCUCUGAGCUUUUUUACUUUGUUUGAGAGGAAGACAAGGAAGAGGUCGAUUUAGAAGUUCCGUUCCACUUUUCAAAGGCUAUGACUGUUUAGGUCAGCUUCCCUUGAGGGCUUGCGACCUCUGGGGAAGGAAAUGCUCACAUUCCCUAGACCCAGAACUGAAACUUUAGGGCAAUUAUAAGGAUAAAAGGAUAAAACAGCCAAAGCCGCAUAUCCUUGCGUUUUAAUGUUCAUUUUAAAUUUUAUUGGAGUUAAAAAAAAAACCCCUUAAAGUCUAGAUAAGUCCAAUUCUCUGCGGUAUGUUGGCUUUUGAAGUAGUUGUAUGCUUUGCAUCGCAAAUCUACAUCAAUCCGUGCAUAGGUAUAUCUCUUUCGCUUUAGCUCUAGCCAGUGAAUCCUUGUGGGUGCAUGCAUUUUUUUUCUAACUCACACUUUGACAAAAUUUGUAACCAUCUUUUUCAACAUUGAAGACCAGGCUCAAAAUUACUAUCUCCUUUAAUCUGUAUUAAAAGGCAUCUCUAACAUUUCAUUCUUCGAUAGUAAACAGAUUGGAUAAAGAAAUUAGGUUUUCUAAGAAUUUUCUCCUUUGCAUUAUUUUAAAUCAUCAUUAGUUUGGCAGAUUUAGCCUACAGCAUUUACAUGUUACAACAACAUGUAAAUAAAGCUAGAAAGCAUCAAGCGCUAAGAUAUAUUAACUACACAAUAAAAUUACCUGACUUGAGUGAAAGUAAGCCAAGCAGAUGGGCAAAUUUCAAUUCCGCACUAUAUUGCUUUUUUUAGUAUAAUUUUUCCUUUAGCAUUUUCAAUGAAUAUCCUAUUGUUACAAUAAAAAGUAAAUGACAGAAUAGACUUCACAUCGAAAAGAAACUUAACAAGUUUACUUCAUACUCAGCAUAGAUGUAUAAGUAUACAUGUUGUCACACUUAAAGGGGACUUAAAGAAAAUCCAGCAGGUCAUCCCUGUGUAUUUUUUGGCCGACAAUAGCGUCUAAAAUCGGACUCUGGCGUCUAAAUUCAGAGAAUGAUUUCUAAAAUCGUAUACUGGCACACUAGUCUCUAAAAUAGGACUUUAGCAUCUAGAAUUGGACACCAGCGUCUAGAUCGGACACUUGCCUUUAAAAUCGGACUCUAAACUCCAGAAUCGGACACUAAUGUUAAAAAUCGGACACAUAUGUUAAAAAAAUGGACAUUAGCGUUUUGAAUCGGGCACUAGUGUUUAAAAUCGGACUUUAGUGUCUAAAAUCAAACACUGGCAUCUAAAAUCGGACACUAAAAUAAAAAAACUGACACUAGUGUUUAAAAUCAGAUACUAAAGUCUAAUUUCGGACACUGGUGUGUCUAAAAUCGCACACCAGAGUCUGAAAUCGGUCUCUAGUGUCUACAAUCAUGCGGUUGUCUAGAACCAAACAUUAGUGUUAAAAUCGGACCUUGGCGUUUAAAAUCACACACUACAAAUGGGACAGUAGUGUCUAAAAUCAGGCAAGUGUGUCUGAUAUCGGACCCUAGUGUGCAAAAUCGGACAUUGGUGCCUGGAUUCGGACACUAGUGUUUAAAAUAUUAGAUGCCGCCGUCUCGGAUACUCUGUUGUUUUCAGUUCUCCUUCGCCAUAGGAUAGACAGCCAACGAGGUCUUGUAUUCACCCUUCACUUCUUAGCAUUGGAAAUCAUAUAAAUAUUCUCUUUACUGUUCCCUUGAAAUUUCCUAAAGUGCUGUCAGGGAGAAUUGUUUAACCAUCAAGAGCUUCUUUAGUUAGUGGCCAUUUCCCUUCUUUUCGUGUCUUUAAUGUUUGAUAGAAGGUUUAUGCUAUGAGGAGAAAUUAGAAGCCAGUCACUUGAGGGUUAAAGUGUGAACUCGAUUCUUUACGACAUAGCUUUCUUGAAAAUCGUAACUUAUCGUGUAUCAUAUUUUCUACGAUGAAUAUUCUUCAGAAGGUCUGAUAUCGUUGGACCAGUGUUAAAUUUGUUAAAUUUAAAGAUUAACUCAGAAGAAAAGAUUGAAAUGUAAAAUUUUUCAUUUCGGGGAGUGGACAAAUGAAACACGGAACCAGUAGCGAUUAAUUGAAUGCUAAUUCCGUCUUCCUCUAAACGCUGCUCAGUGAAGACUAAAAGUGGAGAAAGUGAUACUCAUUGUGGUAAUACAGGCAAAGAAAAUGUGUAUUAAUAUAGCCCAACCCAUACACGAAGACAUAUUUGUGACUUGAGACAAUUCAAAAUUCCCCCUUCUUCAUUUAAUUCCUGUGUUAGGCCCGCUCAGUUCCUUAUUUCCCCUUUACCCCGCUUUGCCUAGUAGAUCGGUGAGGGGAAGGAACAAAAACCCAAACUUUUCGGCGAAAAUCCAGGCGUAAAUUCCAUCACUAAUGGAACAACUCUUAACCUUCGUUAUCAAGUCUCCGAGGGUUUAAACGAAAUGUGACUUAACUUUACAGCUUUACAAGAUAAUUUGGUUUUGUCAAAUGAAUUGAUAAUUUAAAUUGGUCACCGUAAAGACUUUUAUAAAGCUGAUUUGGUGCCCUCACGAAAAUUUGUGAGUCCUCUCCAACACACACGUCUGCGUGUGUGGGUUCCCAUGAUUUUUUUGUGGUAUCGAAUUCUUUCAAUGUUGGCACGGCAGGAAAUAACAGAUCAAUUCUACAAUAAAUUAUUCUGUAGUUUUUAAAGUUCUAAGUGCUUUUUUAUACAUGUACAUUUGAGAGGCUAACUGCUUUAAUGUUGAGUAAAUAUUUGGUCCAAGAGUUAAAACUGAAAACGUUUCACGAGACAACUUGAACCUCGUGGAUAGACAUCUAUAAAAGUUAAACAUUUUAUUUUUAGAAAGAUGGAUCACAUUUAUUCACUGUACCUGCCAUUUUCUGACUGCCUUCAAAAACAACUGUAGUGAUAACAACUCGGUGAUAUUAAACUAUAGCAAUGAUUGACGACUGCCCUCAACCCUGCUGGUAUCAGUUAACCCUUCAAUUGUUAUUUUCUUCUGCUCUCAUCGGCAUUUCAGCAUUGUUAAUAAUAAUUCGAAAUGAAUUUAGAAGCAAAUGACUGAUUAUUCAGAACUUUUAAUCACUUCCUCAUUUCAUUGCGUGGCAAAAACAGACAUUCUGUUGUGGCUUCUGGAACUUAUGAUCAUGGAAUUACAUAUGGCUGGUUGCCCUUUUACAGUUACCGAAACAUGUUUUUGAACUGAAAAAAAGUGCAGUUGAGGAAUUCGGGUUGUGCGCAUCGAUUCCACAGUUAUGUAGCCAAUUAUAUCUGGUGUGGUUAUUUUGUUUUGUCUUUUCGUUUACUUUUGUACUAUAUAUACCUUGUGGUCGUUCUUUUUCCAGGUCGUUUUCUGUAGUUUCAAUUUUUUAUUAGAUACGCAAAGCACGCCGAUUCUAUUGAAGUGCCACAAGUGCCGUCGUAAGCAUGGAUGAGUUAUAUUUCAGCGCACGUUUCUUUAAAGGGGUUUUGCUUCUUUUGAGUGAAGAUCUCUGUUGACAGCUCAGUUGUUUACAUUAAAAACAUGGCCUAUGGUGCGGCCAUCGGCUGAAUACCUCAUGAAGGUGCUAAUUACAUCAGAGCCAUUUCUGGUUUUAGGUUCUACCGGAAAAGCGGUUUAUGGCAAAUUAAUUACUUUACCAGCGAAUCCCAUAAAAGAGAAGGCAACCGAGUAAAUAUUAGGUUUGCGGAGGGCUUUUUUUAAUGAAAAGUCAAGACAAAAGUCGGCGGGGUAUGGCUUAGUGGAAUUUAUAGAAGACCGUACGUAAUGCAGUUACUAAGGCUCAGGAGACAGUUUCCGUCCUUGAAGUGGGAAGUGUCAUUUAAAACCAAAAUUACUCCAGGCGUUUAUUCAUAUUGUUUUCAGAAGUUGAAUAAGGUCGAAUGUGAACUUUGCAUAGUUGUGCAGCAAUUGCUUAAGCCGUAUUCAGAGGACGAUUCAGUUGUUUAGUGAGAACUUUGUGUGAUGUGGCCCACAAAUGAGACGAACAUGCUUGUCAAUACCACUUCCACACCGAUACUAACGGUUGCCGAACCGUUGGGAUCCAAUAUCUUUCGAUUAAUUGUGUACACAAUAAUAUUUCUUCUCACCGUCACUGGAAAUGUGUCUGUACUUGCUGUCGUUUACAAGAUAAGGGAGCUUCAUUCUGGUAAGUUGAACAUCUAGACAAUAUAUCAUUUUUGGUGUGGUUAAUUAUAACGAUCACUGAAAUAGCCAUAGUCCAGUAUAUACCGAAAAUAUGAACGCCUCGAUAGAAGAAGCACUUUAAAAUGUGCGAGGUAGGGUAUUGCGUACAAGGUGUUGUCUGCAUUAACAAAGUUUCAAUCAAAACACCAUGUAUAGGCAUUUUUGUUUAGAUUAUUUUCGAUCAAAUUACCCUUAAAAGUUAGGUAUAUGUGCCAUCAAUGUGCCAAACAUGCCACAAAUACAGCAGGAAUACAUUGAAACGCGUGGGAUAAAAAAAACUCUCGUGAUCGAUUGAUUUAUUAAAUUCGUUUCCUUGGUGUCUCUAACUGGUUUAUCAGCACAAUGGAGCUCAGGGAAGAGUAAGAAUCUUUAUAAUCUUUUAAUUUUAAUACUUUACGAAAAUAUCCACUAAUACGGUGUGAUGAAAAUGGAAUUGGUGGCAGAUUAACGUACGUCGCGGAUCGGGAAAUAUGCAAGUCUCUAACAAUCAGUCUAUCUUUCUGCAUGGUUUGAACAUGAGCCAAUCUUGGCCAACCAUAUUAGCAACAAUCCGAAUUUAUUAUCGCUGAGGGAAUUUAGACGAUUUUUAGUCAUGAUAUCUUAGUCAAGUGGCCUUAUUAGCUAUCCUUUGUCGUCGUGUCAAGUGUUUUUAAACACUUUAAAAUUGAAAAAUUUUAAACUAGGAAAAAAUGCAUUCCAAAAACACUCCACAAUUGUUUACCACGGUACUAAACUUAAUAAGUUUGCAUAAAACUUCUAUUUUAUCUGCUAAUGCCCUUGGCCAAAGUAUUGCCUACCAGAAUCAAUAAAUUUGAAAUUUCCCUAAGAAAUGCAAAUUUGAAGAUUGCUAUUGUAGUUUUGGGACAAGAUUUAUUGAACAACUCUAUUGGCUGACCUUUAACAAUUUGUAUGGAUCGGUUUCAUGGAUAAUUUAUUUUAUCUGUUUAUAUCGCUUUUAUUACUUGAUGCAAUUGCUUUAAAUCUUCCUGUUUCCCUGGUGAUAAGCCAUAAUAAGUAGCAACUGGGUACAAUUCAGUUUCAUUUAGAGAUCAAUCAUGUCAACAAUAGCUAAGGAAUUCGAUUUUCAGAGCAUUCCAAAAACACAAACACAGGUAUGAUUUCAGUUUUAAUGUUCUAGAUCAUUCGAUCUUCUCCUCUGAACCUUUCGGGAUGUUCUAAAAAUGGCAAAAGGACUAUUCCCAGUGUUUUACAUAGGCUAUGGGUUGUGUUGGCAUGUUUUGAAUUCAUGACUUGGAAUUUGCUUUGUUUGACAGAAUUGUCAGCAUUUGGACUUUAACACUCCAUCGAGGUUAACAGAGUGAUUCAGUUUUUUUGCAUCUGUUGGUCGUUUUGACGAAAAAUCUAUUGAAGUGAAAAGAAAAUGAUGGGCCUCCAAGGCUUCAAAGUAGAGUAGAUUUGAUACUAUUCCUUUUCAUGAGCAAUUCUUUACACAUAUGGACAUUUAAACUCUAUGUUAUUGGUAAACAAACUCUUUAAUCUACUUCAUGUGAGUGCUGUUUUAAGUCCCAACCAACUACAAAUUUGCAAUGCAGCCAGGUGCAUUGACACUCUUUUUUUCAACUUUCACUUUCCUGGUUGACGACAGGAUUCUAAGUGGCCCUCAGAAAAACAAAAUGGAUAAAUGUAGGGAAUUCGUCGAAGUGCUUAGGCGUAAUUGCUCUGAACCGCAUGACGCAAACUUAUGGCAUUUACUCUUUGAAGAACCCGACGAUCAUUAACAUCUGUCCUCGUUUCUAAACAUUUAUUAGUUAAUGAUAUGUAACUGCAUGAAGUAAUCGUCCAUCAUCUGAACCGUUGUCAGAAAUGAAAGCCGAUGGAGAUAUUAACUGUUAAUUAAUAUAAGGUGGACAGAGGUGCUAAUUAAAUUUUGUUAGGACAACAAAAGAAUAGAAUCAAAACUGGACCAACAUGGAUGUUUAAACCUAUAAAGAAUAUAACUAAUUUUAUCGGCAGAAUAGUACAGAUAGCCGGAGUUAAUCUUAUUGUCGACGUUCUGACGCCAUGUUGGUUUCAAGGAAGGUUUGCAUUGCUCCAACCUUCUAUUGAUAUGAGUCACCUCGAUACAAAGUUCGACGUUCUUUAAAACCGUUUGACCCUCAGAAGUGAUUGGUAUCUAAACAGCUUUAUGGUAAAGUUUACAAUGACAUAUUCUGGUUGUAAGAGGGUUAGGAUAAUCAGCUUCAAUUCCAAGCAAAAGACGUCAAGUUACGUUCGUUUUUAUUUUGACUGUUCGUAAUUUUUUUAAGUACACGCUCUCUAGGAACUGUCGGGAUGCACUGGGUAUUCCGACAGUAACAUUUAGUGGUGAAUUGGACUUCUUCGCCUUUUCCAUUUAUCAGUUUUUCAACUGAAAUUAAUAAUCCUCUUAUCUCCGCAAAAACCAAAGGGUUGACUUUAUUGAAAUGUUUUUUUUUUUUAACUCCCUAACAAAUCUAAUACACAUCAGAUAGCAUUUUUAAUAUUAUGAUAAGGAAAAUGAGGAUUAGAAAAUAAACGUUAACAGGUUAAUGUGUGGAAGAUAAACUAUGGUGUUGACCUUUUUUUCACUACUUUCGUCAUAAUGUGAAUGCCCUCUUGUCUUCAAAAUUUUAAAAUUUUUAACUGAAAAAAGUACAUGUCGCCUCAUUUCCUACAUCUUAGAUGGAAAAUAUAUGGUAAGCCUAGAUGGAAGCCUCUUAACACUUUCCUGCUGUGAAACUUGUGGGAUUACUUCCUUUUCAUACCUCAGACUUUCGUGCAGUUUAAAGAAGAAUAAAAUCAACUCAGGGAGGUUGUCUCCGUCAAUCACAGCUAUUGCUUCUUUUUUCCCAGUUACAGGUUACCUCAUUGCAAACCUUGCUGUGGCUGAUUUGAGUGUCGGCAUCUUAUGCAUCCCCUUCACAGUUCUUUAUUUUGAACUUAGUUACUGGCCAUUUGGGUACGCUCUUUGUAAGAUCAUUCCCACGGCACAAGCAAUGUCUGUUAUGGCUUCCACUGGAACACUAGCGGCUAUAAGUCUAGGUAAGUGUUGUUUUGCUUAAAAAGUGCUAGACUCAAGUUCGGUUUUCUUUGAAGGCCGGCUUGGACAAGCGGGUCAAGUUAUUAAGGUCGACAUGUGUUUCUUUCUUGACUGAAUUUUCUGAGGACGGUUAUAGUGAAUCUUCCCCGACUUCACGUUUUGAAUUCAGUUGUCAAUAUAAACUAUUAGGUCAAUCAAUUCGGCUCUUGGUUUUUCAAAAGAUCUCAGAUUAGCUGAUGUGAAAGCGACCGAAAAAUCGAUAGGUAAAUAGAGAUCUUUUAAAGAUAAUUUAGACAGCAAUAUUGUAUAGUAAGUGCUCUAAACAGCUCUUUUCAAUUUCAGAUCGUUACCGAGCGAUUGCUUAUCCAUAUGAGCCCCGCAUUACAUUAUAUCAGGCGCGUUUCAUCAUCGUUGUCGUUUGGCUGACCGCAACUCUAGUUAGCCUACCGUUUGUCGCAGUGAUGCAGUUAAGGGAAGAUCAGGAUGUUCUCUGGUGUUCGGAGGAUGGUUGGCCCAGUGAGACAUUCAAAGACAUUUACAAUGUUCUGUCAUUUUGUCUAACAUAUGCCAUACCACUACCAACCAUAGCGGUGUUCUAUACUAUAAUUGUAAUGAAGCUUAAUAAGGCCGCAAGGGAAACGUCGGACAGUGAAGGAUUUAGAACAGCGAAAGCCAAGGGAAAGGUGGUGAAAAUGUUGAUAGUCGUGGUGAUUCUCUACUUUCUUUGCUUUCUGCCUUACCACAUCACAUAUUUGUGGUUAGAGUUUGGAGAAGGACAACAGUACAAGUAAGUAUAAAUAUUCUUAGUACAACAGUCUCCAUCUCCUUCUCCUUCCCUUUUCAUGAGCCAUUUUUCUUUUUUCUUGACCUAGUCACCUUCCUUUAUCCAUAAGGAAUCUCAACAUUUGUAUGAAAUAGGAAAAAAAACAUGCAUGUCCUUCUCAUCAGUGCUUUAAUUUGCAAUGACUGAUACGUAUUGAUAUGUAUAUAUUACUUCCUACAAGUGGGAAUAGGUUUCGGUGUGGCUGGGUUCGCAAAUCAGACUGCCACAGUACAUCCAUUUUUUAUCGUUCCAACCAUGCCAAACUCUAGCAACAGUCCUGGGGUCUUUUAUGUCCCCUGUUUAUCCCUGUUUAUACUGUAUCAGUAAAUGAGGCCAACCGCCUAUCAAUCAUUUGAGAAAAUUCGAUCAUAAAAUCAUUUUCGGACAACUGUCAUUUUCAAAAGGCAGCACAUCUUCAUCAGCAAUUAAUUCCCUAAGUGUUUUUAAACCCUCAAGCUUCAGCACGGCAGGCUGGUUCUUUCUCAACUGAGUCAAACAGGCAGCGGUGUAUGUCAUUUUUGUUGUUGUAUUCACUAUUUUUGUCAUUGUUGUUGCUCAUAUCUUCGUUGUGGCGUUUUUAGUGUUAAAGCUUAACUUUUUGUUAUUGUUUAUGCUGUGGCUCCGUUAAUUUAGUAUUAGCAGUUGCUUGCGUUGUUUUGCAUUCAUAUUCCACUAUCAUUUUCUAUUAUAAACUUCAAACACUUUAGUUUUGAAUUUUGCGAACUCGUUGGUUGCGACUUCAAGCCGAUUUAACAGGCUAAUCGGCCAAGUAUUGAAAACAAAUUAAUAAACCAUAAACAGGAUAUGCUUCACAAAUAGCCUCAACGUUGGCGUGCGCCUAUCCAAUUGUAGAUAACCAACUGAGAUGCACGCAACUUGUUGAGACAAGAAUGCGACACACUAGUCGGUGGUGCGUUUGUGAUACCUCUACGAAACAUAUGCACGGUAACAAGAAAUCAAUUUGAUUUAUGUUAUACAUAAAUUAAAUAAAACAACAACAAUAGUGAAGUUGUCUACGCAUGUCCUCUGACAGAAUGUCUCAAGUUGAAAGCUCAACACAUUUUAAUAUGGGAAACCAAUAAGGUAAACAGAGGGAUGGUUAGUCCGUUUGUUUUACUUCCAUCUUUUGUGAUCUUUCUUUUCUUCUUUCAAGGGGAAAAUGGAUACUGUUCUCUUAUUGCCAAGUACUGGUGUACGCAAACAGUGCGGUAAACCCUGUGUUGUAUGGUUUUUUAAGUGAACAGUUUCGAAGAGGAUUCGCCCGUUUGGUGCCUUGCUGUCGAAUCUGGAGUAAAGAUUACAAGGUUUCAAGGUCAAUGUGCUCACAAUCUACUUAUUAUGAUCGUAAGACUGUUUGUGUGACAGAUGUUUAGUGUGCUUCUAAGGUUGAAACUCAAAGUCCCAUUAGAGUAAGACCAAAGUUUGCACAAAAUGUUUAUGCUGAUGAGCUGAAGACUUUUAGCAGUAGUUCCAUUGAUGCUCGUACCUUCAGAUGCAACAUUUUAUAAAAUGUUUUUGAAUUGGAAUACUGUUGGUUGAGCUGCUCGGUUAGAUUACAGCAUGGUGCCUGAUUGGGUCUUUUCAGCUUGCAAAGGCACGAAGUGCUGAAGGAUCUUGAACGAAAUCUUACCAUCUCCAGGGAUGGCUUUGCUUUUGCAUAAAACAGCUUCACCUGCUUAAUAUAAAGGUUCAUCUUGAAAAAAGGAAGGCGACUAUUGCAAAGUUUAGCUUAAAAAAAACUUUCCUUAAUGCACGAAUCAUACAAAUAAAGCAGGUUUGAUACAAUUUUCGUAGGGAAAUGUUUGAAAAGGAAAAUAUAUUUGCGCAUAAUAUUGCGACAGUAUUUAGAUUAAACCGUAAAAGAAGAUGUAUAGCCUUGUACUCUGUAAGAUGUACUAUCGCUUCAGACUGAUUAUGGCGCCAUA